AUGGCUUCUUCCCCUCCGUAUAGACACCCUAAUCACAGGGAUGAAUCUCGCUCAAACAAAUCUCUUCGAAUGGGUGGUGUUGCUAAACCACCACCUAAUUUUUCUUUUAUAGGGCCUAUCAACUACAAUCAGUGUGCUAUUGGAAGAUUUUUAAUCAAAAGUGGAGGAGGAGGGGCUUCAUUAAGGUGCAUAACUCUGGUGUUUUUUUUUUUUUUUCUUUAUCUUUUUGAAUGCUACAAUAUUUCAGAUCUUGCAGGAAUUAUUCGUGUUCAAUCUGCUAUUUUCAAUGGAAGAAUUAUCAAUCUCAGGAGGUACCAUCGUUCCUUCAGCCCUCAACUCAUUAAUUUUAACUCUACUUCUCUGUGGGUAAGGAUUCAUGGUCUUCCUUUUCUUUAUUUAACCCGUGAAUGGGCUACUCAAAUUCUCUCUCAUGUUGGUUAUAUUCAAGAAUUUGAAUUCAAGGGUGAGGGAUUACCUCCUUCUGCUGAUAUGCGUGUUAAGAUGGUGAUUGAUCUUUCUCAACCUCUUAUUCCUGGCUGUUUUGUUCCUCUAGAAGGUGACCGGAUUAUCUGGGUUCACUUUCGUUAUGAGGGUAUUUUCCGUUUUUGUACAAACUGUGGUUUUGCAGGACAUUCGGAGACAAAGUGUCGUAUUACAGAGGAAGUGGCAGCACGGAGGCUGAAAAGCCGUGUUGCUGCUAUUGAAAGACAGGGUAUGAGGGUAUUAUAUGGCCCUCGUAACUCCACUUAUUACUCUAAUCUCAUUCGAGGCCUUCCUAUUAGGGAGAGGUACAGAAAUCCUGAAGCCAAUUUGGUUCGACCUGAGGAACCGGAAGAUGUUCCCAUGGAAGAUCGCAAUCUAAGCGGCGAUGGUGGUUCUGAUUCUGAGGAUUCAAGUGACAACUCAGGAGGUAGUGGAGGCUCGGCUGGAUAUUACACAAGCUCUGACAAUCUUUCUGACUCGGCGGUGGGGCUGCUAACAGAGCGGUGUCUCUUCCAGGUACGCGGUUGGGGCUGGGCAGAGACCCGUAUGCUCAAUUUUACCCUGCUGAUCGAUCAAAUGAUAGGGAUUCUCCUCGGUUUUCUAAUGAAUUAACUCGUGUGGUACAAUCUUUCUCUACUCAUGUUUCUUCUGUAAAUUUGCUAUCUGCUGCUGUGCAUAUUUCUUCAGGUGAUUGCCCUCGUGUGGUGGACCAACCACCAGACCUCUCUUUAAAUUUGAAUCACAGCUCUGCUACGAGUUUACCUCCUCUUCUGUCUUCUGCUAAUCUGGUGAACAGAUCCACUCUCAUGCCUCCUAUAACUUCGAAUUUCGAAGUUGGAGAAUCAUCUUCAAGACCCACUCUCUUUUAUCGAAGACGAGGGAAUGACGGAAGGGUUGCUCUGCCCAACCUCUCCAUUGCUGCUCCGCCGCCGUCGAGUUUACCUCAACCCUCUUUGCAACUCUUAAAUUUGAUGCCAGAACCUACUGUCACUCUUAUUUCUCCUCCUGAAAAUGAAAUUACAAAUGUUGCUAACUGUUUUAUUCAAGCAGGGAAACAAUUAGCCCGAUCUUUGCGGCUAUCGGGGUCUCGUGUUCAUCCAUGGUAACGAGCUUCGCAACCCCCUUUUCUUCCUUUUUCUCCUUCAACGUUUGGUGGUGGGCUUCCUAACUUACCUCUGACUGAGUUUGACCCCCCAAAUUCGCCGGUGUUGCCGGUGGCUGCUAUCAAUGUCGACGCUCUCUUCAACUCUCCAACACAGCUCUCGAAGGAAAUUCAUGUUAUCAGCUCUGAUUCUGAGAAAUCAAUUGCAAUUGGGCGUUAUACCCAAUCCGAGGGAGGCUAUAAUUUCAGAGAAAGCUUCUCGGAUCUCAGAUGGGGUGAAAAAAACCGCCUGAAAACUCUUAACAGGUGGUCGGACAAAGGAGCUUUCGCUUUAUGGCGAAGGAAUGCUUCUGGGCAGCAAGUUUUUAAAUCUAAGGCUAUUUCUGAUGAUGAUAUGGCGCGUCAAUGGGGUUUGCAGGUGGAUGCCGACAUCAUGGAUCGAGCUAGAAAGCGCAAAUCGCCAUCUCCUUCUUCUCUGGACUCAACAGGCUCAAAUAAUAUGAAAAAACUGAGAAUUGCUCCUUUUGUUGCUAAUAGAAUGAAUGCUGCUGUAGGAAUGGAUUGGGAACCUAACCAACAAUUAAUUUGCCCCGAGUCAAUCCCGAAUGAUGAGGUCGCUGCAUCGGUUCAGCACCCGAUGGUUUUAUGAAGUGUAUUUCUUGGAAUUGUAGGGGUCUCAAUGAUCCACACGCCCCUACACGUCCUUAUCUUGUGUGGCUUGUUAUUUCAAAAAAACCUAUGUUUUUAUUUUUAUCGGAAACUAAAGUAGAUGUUGAUGUAGCUAGACCUUUACUUGAUUUAUUCUCCCCUACUACCUCUUUUGGAGUUGAUGCUUUAGGUUCUAGGGGAGGGCUUAUGGUUUUUGUUUGGUCUAGUUCUACGGUGACUUGUGUUUUCUCCUCUACAAAAUCAUCCUUUGUAAGAUUGUUGACCCUAAUGAUGAAAUUAAGCAUAUAGCUUUUGUUUA